AUGCCUCAGGAACAGCGGGUUAGAAUGCAGCCAUCGGCUCAUGACUGUGAGGUGUCAGGAUCUGGCGGCCCGGUCUCCGAGGCUCAGACGUACUAUGACGAACCCCAGGACCGCCUGGUCAAACAUGAGUCUCCCUCAAAUCCGUCCCCGAAGCAUGUAGCCUUUGAGCUCCUGCUGGACGAGUCCUCGAAGAUGCGAGCUCGCAUUCCAAUGAGGGUGCAGAUCUAUCCGCACGACACCACAGACUCAAUCGUCACCACCGUCAAAAACUUCUACGGUAUCUACGAAGGGACUGCCAGCGGCGUCAGCUUUGAGGACCAGGAUGGCAACACCCUCAUUGCACGGUACGAGAACCUCAAGAACAGCAUGACAGUCUAUGUCCGUGUGAUACCGAAUCAUCAUUACCCCGAACAACACUCACCACCGUCAUACUACGCUGUCUCACCCAUAGAUGGCUACUCCCGACCUACGCUCGGCGAGCCAUUCUCGAUGCCACCUCCCCAGGGCAACCAAAGCUUGGGGUAUGGCCAGUCUGUGUCCCGGCCUGGCUCGCGCGCCGCUGCUGGAAAGCGAAGCGUCUCUCCUCCUGCCCGAGGUCGCCGGAGCGCCUCGAGGCAGAAGUCAUCCCGCGCCGGUGUCAAGAGCCGGGGCUCAAGCACACAUGGAAGCUUCCACGAUGACGCACAUAUGCCAUGCAGCGACAGCGACGGUGGCCACAGCUCGGUAAAUGGUACGAGAAGGCCCAAAAGCGAGCACUUUGGCAGUGCCGAUAUCAGUAUGGACAACAUCCUGCAGGAUGGCAGAAGGAAGCGCCCAAAGUUUGAGAGCUCCGAGCUUCCUUUGUUUGCUCCUCCUCAAGUGCCGCGGACGACUUCGGCAUCCUCCAUCUCUCCCCAGCGUCGCUCUCUUGCUCCCGACGCCUCGCCGUUCGCAAGGCCAAACCAAAACGCAUUCAGCGGCUACCAAACACUUGCGUCUCCCCAGAGCCUAGGGAACCAUGAGAAGCUACAUUCUCUUCAGAAUGGAAGUGGAAGCAAUCCGUAUGCGACCCCAACUGCACCACACCAUGGGCACCGGCUGCGAAAUCGCGCCAAUUCCAACUCAGCGGUGCACUAUGCCACUCCCGUGAAUGGCCAUGGCAUCUUGCCUACCCCUGACCCAACCAUUGCCAGCUGCAUCUCGGAUGAGGAUGUUGCCAUGCAGCUGAUCAGACUCGGAGAUACCUCCAACUUCUCGCACGGCCGGACGUCCACCUCCACGGCCGACGAUGCAUUCAGUGGCAUUGCCGAUGCUCCCUCUUCCACCGGCGCAACUACGGACAUGUCUGAUGUCAGCGGUGAUGAAGGCGACCUCCCAACCAAAAUGAGGGAUCGUCGCGCAUCGAGUGGCUCACUGCCCGGAUUGACGAGAAAGCAUAAGUCGCUGGAUGAGAUCCUGCCCAGCUGUGAAAGCAGCGAUCCGACCAGUGACGAUAUCGACGGUGAAUACCAAAACCUUGCCUCUCAAGAUAACAUCAAGAGCGAGUAUGAUGAUGACCCCUUAUACGAGGCCCAAUCCUCCCGAGCCAAACGCUCAAGGAAAUCGGUCAGCGCGACUGCGGCCACGGCUUCAGCCAAAGGCGCCGGAGCCAAACAGGCCUCGACGGCUAAAGGAGGUCGCAAUGCAAAGAACCGCGCCGCCCCUGCAUCUCGCAAGGGUAAACAGGCUCCGACGAGCGCCGCCAAACCAGCGCCCCCGCCGUUACUCCCGGCCACUGCCCAGCAGGGAGGCGUGAACUUCCACAACCAGCUGGCGGCUGACGAAGAGGACCUGUCCACCAAGCCUCGCUGCCAGAGAUGCCGAAAGAGCAAGAAAGGCUGUGACCGCCAGCGCCCUUGCCAGAGAUGCAAGGAUGCCGGUAUUGGUAUCGAAGGAUGCAUCAGCGAGGAUGAGAAUAAUGGUCGCAAGGGCAGAUAUGGGCGCCACAUGGGCGUUUCCGUCAAGAAAGACCUUUCCGCCAGUGCUGCGAAUACCCAGGAGCCACUGGCUGCCGUCACCGCCGUCUUGUCCACCACGUCUGCCGGCCCUGACAAGAGCAAGAAGCGGAAGCGCUGA